GGGAACGUGAGGGGCGGGUCACGUGGGCGGCUGCCGCAGGAGCGCUGUGCCGAGGAUUGGGGCGGCUGGCGGCCGCUGUUCGUCUGUCUGCCCGUCCGUCCGACCGACCACCGCAAUGCAGAACGUCAUCAACACGGUGAAGGGGAAGGCUCUGGAAGUGGCCGAGUACCUCACGCCCGUGCUCAAGGAGUCCAAGUUUAAAGAAACUGGAGUAAUUACACCUGAAGAAUUUGUUGCAGCUGGAGACCACUUAGUUCACCACUGUCCUACUUGGCAAUGGGCUUCAGGAGAAGAACUGAAAGUCAAAGCUUAUCUGCCAACAGACAAACAGUUUCUGGUAACUAAAAAUGUGCCGUGCUAUAAAAGGUGUAAGCAGAUGGAGUACUCAGACGAGCAGGAAGCAAUUAUAGAAGAAGAUGAUGGUGAUGGGGGAUGGGUAGACACUUUUCACAAUGCAGGUAUAGUGGGUGCAACAGAAGCAGUUAAAGAGAUCACACUAGACAGUAAGGAUAAUAUAAAAAUACCAGAAUGUUCAGCAUCUUGUGAAGAUGAUGACGAGGAAGAUGAAGGAGAAGCUGCAGACAUGGAAGAGUAUGAAGAAAGUGGGCUAUUGGAGACAGAUGAUGCAACACUUGACACACGACAGAUUGUAGAAGCUAACAAAACUAAAGUUGAUGUUGGAGGGGAAGAUGCUAUUCUACAGACUAGAACCUAUGACCUCUACAUCACUUAUGACAAAUAUUACCAAACUCCAAGGCUCUGGUUAUUUGGAUAUGAUGAGCAGCGGCAGCCUUUAACAGUAGAGCAUAUGUAUGAAGAUAUUAGUCAAGAUCACGUCAAAAAAACAGUGACCAUUGAAAACCAUCCUCAUCUUCCUCCACCUCCCAUGUGUUCAGUUCAUCCAUGCAGGCAUGCAGAAGUCAUGAAGAAAAUAAUUGAGACUGUUGCAGAAGGUGGGGGAGAACUUGGAGUUCACAUGUACCUUCUUAUUUUCUUGAAAUUUGUACAGGCGGUCAUUCCAACGAUAGAAUACGACUACACAAGGCACUUUACGAUGUAACUAAAAUAAGAGAUGUGUUCCUCUAAUUUUCAAGUCUUUUUUUAAAUAACCCAUCCAUGGGACUUAUACAUUAUACACAAUUUCUGUAACUAAUCUUUUAUCAACUUGAUGCAUUAAAAUAAAAUGUUCCAUUACCAGCCUUUUUAAUAAAAAUCUCUGUGUGUAAUAUAAAUAAAUCACUUUCAUUCCAGUACA